GGGCACAAUAAACAAGCAGGUCUCCCGCUAUGAGGUCAGCGCCGUAUACACGCAUCCAGAUGCGAAGGUCGACAUUGUUCUUGUCCAUGGCCUGAAUGGCGACCCGCAAAAGACGUGGACGGCCCGCACCAACGGCGUCUACUGGCCUGCAGACCUCCUGCCAGUCUCGCUGAAGAAGCAGCAUGCAAACAUCUUGGUAUAUGGGUACAAUGCCGACGUCUACUCGACCCGCAAUGACCGCAGCGCCAGUGACAACUUCAUUCACGUCCACGCUCAGACGCUCGUCGCGACCCUGACCAAUUAUCGCAAGAGCGAGGACACGACAAAGAAUCCUAUCAUUUGGGUCGCGCACAGUCUCGGCGGCAUUCUCGUGAAGCGGGCCUUGCUGUACAGCAACGAUCUGCGAAACACGGCCCACGAUGCUCUGAGGUCCAUCUACGUCUCGACCUUUGGAAUCAUCUUUCUUGGCACGCCACACACCGGGUCUGACGUGGCUCAUUGGGCGGGAGUGUUACAGCACAUGUCGGACGCGGUGGUGCCGAAACGCUUUUUUGAGUCCGAGUCGGUUCUUCUCAAGACGCUCAAGCGAGACAAUGAGACCUUGCAGAACAUCAACAGCCACUUCCUCGAUGUCUACCAGCGGUUCAAGAUCCACAUGGCUCAUGAGAACCACAAGACAGACAUCAAGGGACACAAGGUCAUCAUCGUUGACGCUAAUUCGGCGAGCCCUCAACUGCCGGGCGUCAUCUACUAUGGUAUAGAGGCGACACAUUCUGGCAUGGCCAAGUUUGACAGUGACAACGCUCCCGGCUAUAGGAUGGUCUCGACCACCCUUCGUGAGUGGGUGACCGAGGCGCCAAAUGUUAUCCAAGUCCGAUGGGGUGUUGAGGACGAAGAGCGCCUGGCCAGAGCCAGAAAUGACAUUAAUGAGCAGAUGAGGGCGUUUAGUCCUCCCCAGAGCGCUUCCGGCCAGAGCCGAUCUUCGGCAAGCGGUAGGUCCCCUUCGCCCUCAAACACAAUAUAUACACCCUCCGAGAGUUCCGCGCAAGGCUCUGUCGCUUCUUCAAGAUCGACAGCGCAUCGCACCAAUAGAGAGAUUCGUUAUCUUGAACCACCACCUAACGCUCCUCCACCAUCAGAGGCGUCCACGUCUCACGAUGGAAGAUCCGAGAUCUCGGCAACUUCACCCUUGCCAUUGAUACCAGAAUCUUCCCGCCCAAGCCUUCCGCGAGAAGGGACAUCAGGGGUUAUUUUCAUUCACCCAGAGACGUUCAGGCCAAACUCGUACAACAUUGGUCGAGAGCAAGAGAUGAGGGACCUGCACAAGAAGCUCAUGGAUAAAGGACGUCGAGCCUAUGGAACAUCGGCUGUGCUCCUGCAGUGUCUACCGGGCGGUGGUAAGACACAUUUGGCACGGCAGUACGUAUUCAAACACAAAGCCGAUUACUCAGGCGGUGUCUAUUGGGUACGUGCCAAGUCGAUACCCGAGAUGGAACACUGGUUCUGGCGCAUCGCAAAGACAGAAGCAAUACGGGAUUCGCUUGAGGAUGUGGCUGGUGGCGCAGUGGAUGACGAGCUGCUACGAGACCCGAGCCGUAUCGUCGACAUAGUCCGCGCAUGGUUUGAGACUUUUGACGACUGGCUUCUAGUUUUUGAUGGCAUACAAUUCGACGCCAAAGGCACCGAGCGUUUUAUCCCGAGUCGUCCUGGAACCUCGAUUAUAUUCACCUCGACUGACGCCGCAGUGGGCGGUGAUCAUCAGUUCGACAAUCCGCAGGUGAUGGAGCUGGAUCUACUGACAGUGCAGGAGGCGCAGGAGCUGCUCCUCCUUGAGAUGGAGAAGCCACGACCUUGGUCCCAGGACGAUCGUUCGCGGGCAAUGGAGCUUGUGCAGCUUAUGGGGCGCUUACCGCUUAUGAUUCACGUUGCGGCCCAGCACCUCAAAGCGACCAGAGAGCCACUAUCGAAGUAUCUGAGGUCGUACCGCAGUAGGCCCAAGGUUGGAAGUUUGCCGGCUUAUCGGGCCGUCUACGACCAACUUCAUGACCGCGGUGCCAACGCAGCGCUGAAUCUCAUGUCAAUACUGGUCUUCUUCGACUCGCACGUGCCAGUGGAGAUGAUUGCGCUCGGUCUCCAAGCUUUGGAUAACACAACACCAGUCAAGACUUUCGAUGUUUCACAUAAGAAGAUGACACUGAACAACUCACUCAAAGUGCUGAUAAUGUUCGCGCUAAUCGAGCGGAUAGAGAGCGAUGAUAUCUCGCCAACCAGCUCACGCAGUUCACGGCAAAGCUUCGAUCGCAGCGUUGAAUACCUCGAUAUCCUGAGAGUUCACAGUGUCGUACAAGCCUUCUUUGUUGAGACUCUGGCCGAGGAGAAACAGCAUAUUUUCUGGCUCGAACGUGCCGUCGCAGUGUUUUGUCGGUCAUACGACGAAGCAGAUAAUCGUGUCAAACACGACCCAAAGAUAGGGCUGCCAGACGACUAUCGGCGUUUUCAUAUCCAUGGACGCAAGCUUCUUGACCAUGUGGAGCGGUUUGAGAAGAAAGCCGUGGAUCGCGAGCGCCUGGUAAAGUCGCGCAAGGCAUUGGAGCUUCGGUCCGGGCUUUGCCACGACUCUAUCACCUCACUCACGCAAAAAGUGCAAGCACACAUCGUCAACCGGACUGCCGAUGAGGCGCCGCCUUCGUCUGUCUUUGAAAGGAACAGCGGCAGUCUGUCCGAAACGGACAGCGGCACCCCGAACAGCCAGCAAAGCUUGUCGGGCGUGGAGCAAUGGGUUCCUAUCUUGGACAAUGAUAAUAUUCCCCUUGGGACUUACCAAGAGUCUCCGAAGAAAGUCGCUGCGCCGCUGGACUAUGUCAACCCCUAUCACUUCCAUGUUCCGGUGCCGUAUCCAGAGAAGCAAACAAUACCGGCCCCGCCGUUUGUGGCGGACGCUGAUGACACAGGAACUGUCGUGCCUGCGGUUCCCUCCCCACGGAUAGACCCUGCCACGCCUGGUAUCGAAGAAGCGACUUCUGCCGUGCUCAAUUCCCCGCGCUCGCCGCCAUGGCAGCUUGUGUCACAUUCUCCGCAGCAUAGGACCGUCAAGAAAAAAGAAGGCCGCCGCUACCAUGAUCGCGCAGGGGCUUGGCGAGACAGGACCGUCAGUGAUCCGCGUAGUAGCAUCAGCCGAGAGACGGCCAAGGGGUUUAGAUACGAUGCGCAGAUUCAUUCCCAACAUGGGGGCUCCCCACGGCGAACCUCUGUGGCACCAGAAACGACGGCCGAGAGCGGGGCGAGGAUGAUCCUCAACAAACUCAAGCAGACUUCGCCGGCCGGUGGCGCGGUUGCCGAAAUGAUCAACGACGUUAGUGUUAUCCUGAGCGGUGAUGACAAGACAGUCCGGAGUGUUAGCCACACAACGGGGGCCCCAGUGCGUCCGAAGCUAAGGAUCGACGGUGCAAACGGUCACAGCUAUGCGAGUGUGGCAGCGGGGAGGCCAAGGCCGAUAGGAAACACGACGGCCAUUGACCCAGACGUAAGAGGCAGGGGCAUUGGCCAUCAUGACGAACCGCCGACCUCGCCAGGCGAAUUCCACAACGAGUACUUUAAGACUGUGGCCAGUCCUCCGUCAAGUUGGACCGAGAAGACCCAAAACGCUCUGCAGCGGUUCAGAGAAAACAUUAAACCCCGGUCUCGAACCUCGUCCGAACGCUUGAAUAGUAGGGAGCCUAGUGCACGGAGACCAUCAAACGGCACCGCCAAGAGCCGCAGUCGAGGGUCAAGCGUAUCGAGCACGCGGGCAAGGCCGCCAAGAAGACCUUGGUCAGACCUGUCGAGGAAGUCAAGCAGCGAUCUGCUGAAGCAUCACCGCAAGGGCAAUUCCGAGUCUCCGAUCACGGUUGUGGCUGAGUCGCCCCUGGAUGAGACUCGCAGACCUACUCAGCCGGGUAGCAAAGUACACAGUAACGUCAGUAGUCCCGCACUCGUGCCACAGACCAACAUCAGCAGUCCACCGCGGGCACCUGCAACGCUCUUUGCCGGCUCGCGCUCGACAAGGUCGAGUCCUGGUCAGGUUACAUCACCUUUCUCUCCUCCCCCCAGUCUUCCAUUUGAGCGCCAAGCUCGUGGGUCUGUUGCUGGUUGUGGUCCGCAAUUCCAGCCAUUCCCAUCGGCCACUGGCGGGCCCACUGUGUCUGGGUCGGUUCAGAGAUGGGAUACCGACCUCCCUCUAUACAGUCCUGGCCGGGCCAGAAUUCCUUCUUUGGAGCUGCUCGAAACGCUGCCUGACGAGCCUGACUAUGAAGAGGGCAUCAUGACGCGGUCCACGCCGUCUAUUCGGAACAGCACCAGUGAUUACCAUCACUCCGCUGCACCAGUGACUGGAUAUCCUCCAAAAACGCAUGGGCGCCGACAAAACCACAGAAUCAGCGGCGGUCCGCACCAAAACCCCUAUAUUAUCAGUGUACAGCCGCCGCAGGCUCCAUACCCCCCUUCCCCGGAUGGUUACACGUCAUUGCCCAUGUCGCGCAACCCCAGCGGAGAAACGCAACCGCAGAAGCAGAAGCAGUCCCUCGUCCCCAUGCCCGUCAGGUACGCCCCACCAGUUCCAACCACAAGCAACAGGUCAUCCCCAACGGGUGCUCCCAUUGGUGGCUUGACCAACAGCCGGGGCGCCUCCCCCCAGCCGUACAUGUACUACAGCUACGGCUACGACGCAGGCGGCAGCCGCAGCGGGUCUGGCAGCGUCUACAGCCACGCGCCUUCGGACGUGCGCACCGAGCCGUCGCCCCGUAUAGGCCCGGCGUUCCCUGACGUUCCGACAAGCUACCAGCGAUAUGAGGAGCGGCAUUCGGAGCUCAUGUCACGCGGCCCUCACCACGCCGGCUCUGGGGGCUUAUUGACGGGGUCCUCGGCUAUCGCAGCGCCCGCGUCUGCUCGGUCGACCAGUCCUGCUUCCGGCGGUGUUGCUCGCGGUAGGAAGUCGCCAGUCGUCCCUGUCAAAUUUGGCGCACCGCCUGGGCAAAGUCCAGAUUUGGUGCAGGGUGGGGAGGCAAUGGCACGUUCCGGCUCGUCGCCUGGGGGGUUAAAGCUUGGAGACGGACGGUUCAUCGAGUUUGGCAAGGUCCCUGUUGAUGUCGUUGCAGCUGGGCAGAGGGUGCGGAAGUUUGAGAGGGAAAGGUCAAGAGGCAGGGAUAGAGAUGGGUGGGAGAUGGUUGAGGGUGGCAGCGGCAGUGGUGAUGGGUUGCAUGGACUCGGGAUAACUGAAUAA